AUGUCAGACUUCCUACCGCCGUCCGGCCCUCCACCUCCAAAGGCACGUUCUACAUCAAUCUCUCAAAUGGCGUAUCCCAAUGGGACCCCCCGCCGCCUCAACUCACUCCGCACCCUCCACGCUCCCCCUGGGUACAACACCGACAACAAACCCCGCCCCACAUCCCCCUACCCGGCCGAUAAAGCCCCCGGUGGCGGCGGCUUAGGCAGCAACAACCCCUACGGCGCCCCCACGCACCAAGACGUCUCAGAAGACGAACGUCUCGCACGCCAGCUCCAAGCCGAAGAAGACGCGCGUGCACAUCAGUCCGGUGUCUCGCGCGGUGAGGCAGACUCUUACUACGGCGCUGGCGGAGGUGGAGGCGGGGGAGGAGCUUACGGCGGCCCUCCGCCUCAGCAAGGUUAUGGAGGUCCUCCCCAAGGCCAAUAUGGUGGACCACCGCAGCAAUACGGCCACUCACCGCAACCGGGCUACGUGGGAGGACCAUCGGGCUAUCCGCCCCCGCAGCAGCAGCAGCAGCAAAGCGGAGGGGCGUUCCCGCAGCAAUUACCCCCGCGCUCGCCAAAGAAGGGCGGCUUAUUGGGAAAGCUAGGUGGUGUGCUGGGAGGGGGCAAGCAUGGGAGUGGUGGUGGCCAGCAGCAGGGCGGGUAUGGAGGGUAUCCGCCUCAGCAGCAGGGGUAUGCGCAGCAAGGGUAUGGGCAGCCGCCGAAGAAACAUGGAGGGCUGGGCACGGCGGGCGGUGCGGCGUUAGGAGUUGGAGGAGGGUUGUUGGGAGGUGCUGCGUUGGCUAGUGCUUUUGAUGGGCAUCAUGGUGAGUUGAUCUUCCUUUUCUGGCUUUUCCUACUCUCUUUCGCUCGACUCUACUCGAGGAGAAGGACGUGGGAGGAGAGCCUUCCUGGCUGCUCCCUUGGCCCUAUGAUGGAGAUGGGUACAGUUCUUGAGGCUUUUCAUUGGAUCUUAAGAAAAGUGGAAAAGCGACAGGCUGAUUAUGUCACAGGCGGCGAUGGCGGCGGCUACGGCGGUGACGACGGCGGAGGCUACGGUGGAGAUGGAGGAGGAUAUGGCGGAGAUGGAGGAGGAUACGGAGGCGACGAUGGCGGUGGCGAUGGCGGUGGUGACGGCGGCGGCUUUGGUAAGCUAUCGCUCUUCUUUCCCAGCUUGCUUUCGAGUAACGGCAACAUCAAGGCUGCUAGUCUUCUUACUCAAAACAUCUUGUCUCGGGUGGCGAUGGCGGCGGCGGCGACUUCGGUGGAGACUUCGGCGGAGGAGAUGGGGGUGGUGAUGGUGGUGGUGGGGACUAGAUACCUGCCUACCUCACGUCUGAAGAGAUCCGGACGUCGUAAACUUGUGGGUGGGUAG